GGGGGUGUCCGCGAUCACAGCUGCAGCGGGACAGGAGCCGCGACAGGUCGGCUGACUGCCGGGUCACAUGGGCGUGACACCGACCGCAGCCGUCCUCCGCCGACACUCGCAACACGACCGGGGACGUGAGACGAGUUGGUCGCGGAUUCGUCGCUGAGACGGUUUCACUUCGACCACCGGGUGAGUUCACGGCGAGGGACCCGCGGACAUGUCGACGCUAGCAUGACGGCUAACAUACGUUCACGGUCGCGACACUCGGGGCGAGGCGGCGACCUGACCCGCGGCUGUGGAGGAUCACCAGUGACGAUGUCUCCGAUACCAGUUGUACCCGAGAACCACAGUCACGUCCUGGCCGAGUUUGACUGUCUCGAUCCUCUUCUGUCUGCGCUACGUUUAGACUCUGGCAGGCUCAAGUGUACUUGUUUGGCAGUUUCAAGGAAGUGGCUGGCAUUAGGAACAUCAGCAGGGGGGUUGCACCUGAUUCAGAAGGAGGGUUGGAAACAAAGGAUCAUCCUCACUCACAAGGAGGGAUCCAUCACUCAGGUGGCGUGUUGCCCACAUGAUGAAGAUUUCAUUGCGGUUGCAACCAGUAAGGGUCUAGUGGUGGUGUGGGAGCUUCAGCUGGAGCGGCGAGGUCGACCAGAGAGAGUCAGCAUGUCCUGGGAGCACAGAGGUCAGGCCAUCACCGCACUCUGCUGGGACACAAGCACACUCAGAGUUUUCGUCGGUGACUCGGGAGGCAAGGUGUCAUUUCUACGUGCAGGAUCCUCCAAGCUAGGCAAGGGGUCAGCAUUCGUCAUCUUCCCCGUUCAGACCGUCACAAAUGUCGACUCCAGAGUGGUUCAGCUUGGGUACCAAGAUGGCCGCCUGCUCGUGUCUUCUCUCAGCCGCUGUUACCUCUGCGACACAGAGAGGGAGAAGUUCUGGCGUGUUGGGAAUAAGGAGCGCGAUGGGGAGUACGGAGCUUGUUUUUUCCCUCAGAAUAGGGGAUUAUUAGUCGGUCAGCCCCCCCUGCUGUACUGUGCCCGGCCAGGGUCUCGGAUAUGGGAGGCCAGUUUUUAUGGCGAGGUUCUGAGCACCCAUCAGUUCAAACAGCUACUGGGUUGUCCUCCUCUGCCUCUCAUCACUUUCAGAAAUGAGCCGCAUUACAACCCAGUACAGAAGAGCCCCCAGUCAAUUGCCUUUCCUAAACUGCUUUAUUUGGGAGACCAAAACUUGCUGACCUGGACAGAUUCCGCCAUUUAUAUCUUCACACCUCAGAAUGGACAACUGCUUCUGUGGACUGAAGUCAAAGACCUGGUUGAGAUCGGAGUCUACCGCAACGAGCUCUUCUGUCUCCACGGCAGCGGACGUCUGUCCCACCUCUCCCUGUUGUCUGCGGAGCGCUGUGUUGAGCGUCUGCUGCGCAGAGAGUCCUGGCCUCUCGCUGCUGCCGUCUGCUGUAUGUUUCAGCACACAAUCACCACCAGCAGGGCCAGGAAGUCCAUUCCUAUCGACCGCCUUGAACAUCUCAGGUCCCAGCUCAGCUCCACCACACACCUGGAGCUGAGUUCCCAGCUGGAGGACGUCAUCACAAAGCUGGAGCCUCCUGACUCCGCCUCCAGCAGCCGGAGAAGCAGCAUCUCCUCACAUGAGAGCUUCAACGUUCUUGACUGUGGAAUAUAUCGCGUGAUCAGCCGCAGAGGAAGCCAGUCAGACGAGGAGACAAGCUCGCUCGUCAAUCAGUCCAUGUCGGAGGAGGAGAGGCUCAAAGAGUUCAGCUUUGUUCAGGAGGAAGAUCAGGUGGAUCAAGAUCCACAGAGCGCUGAGCGUCUGGAGGCUGAGCGAUCUGAGCAAGGCCUGCCGUUCCACCUCCCCCUCUCAUUUCGGCCCAAACCCCCUCGCAUUGCACUGCAGGCCGUCAAAGACAGUGUUUCAAGUUUUGUUAAGAAGACGACAGAGAAGAUCAACACCCUCCAGAUGAACUCUGACCUCUGGCAGCGACCGGAGUUCAGAGAGGCAGGACAGCCUGAAGCAUUGGUCGCCACCGCUUCAUACUCAGAAGAAAUGGAAAAUGAAGUUUACGAUGACAUGCCUAACACAGAGGCCGACAUGCGGGAACUUCGAUUAGCAACAGAGCGAACUAUCUCCCAGAUCCAAGAUCCUUUGGUGCUACUAGAUCCGGUCUGCCUGGAAGAAUCUCUGCUCGAGUGGCUGCCGGUGCUGGAGCGAAUACUCGGACCUGCGGAGCUGGGGUCGGUGGCUGUCUGUGAUUCAAAUAUGGGUGGGCCACGAGAGGAUCGAUGGGAGAGGGAUUAUUUCACCUCCUGCUCAGAGCAGCCAGAGGAGUCGUCUUGCUCUUCAGGAGAAACACCAGAGCGUGUCGCAGAGGAGGAGUCUCCUGAGCUCAGAGAACAGGAAGAAGAGUGCGACUCCACCGAGACGGUGUCUGGAGUAUCCAACGGGAGCCUUUCGGAGCCUGUGCGAGUGGUGUCACCCAAACCGGUACCGUCAGAUCUCCUGGCUGAUCUCACCCAGCUGGCCACGUUAUACACGGAGCUGAGCUGCUUCAGAAGUCAGGAGAACGAUCGAGCGUUGGGCUGUACAACUUUCCUGCGCCGUUACUUCUUUCUGCUGGAUCAAGAGCGCGUGAGAAGAAUGUGUCUGUUAUGUUACCAGGAGCAGGCGGAGGUGCAGAGCUCCUUCACGGAGGCCAUGUUAGUUCUCACUCGGUCCUGUAAGGUGGUGGAGGUCAUUCACAGAGGUGAUCUGCUGAGGUCACUGCGCAGUCUGAGAGAGCUGCAGCCCUGGAGCGCACCUCUUCUCCUCGCUCACUUACACAGGCUGUAUGAGAAGCACGGGGAGGCGGCUGUACGCUCAUUCUCCCAGUUCUAUCCUACAAUUACGCCCGCUGACGUAAUGACCAUGGCUCAGCAGAGCCACUUCCUUGCCUACCUGGAUAAUCUGGUUCAAUCUCGAACUGAGGAGCACAGGUUGUCCUUCUUGCAGUCCCUUCUUGAACCAGAAUCACUGAGACAGGAUUGGCUGGAGCUUGCACUUACCCAUGAUGCUCCUCAACACGGCGACACGCUAACUACUGAUGGACAGCCCAGGUGGCACUCGCAUCGUUUCAGUUGGGGGUACGGACGCCUCCUGUCUCUGCUGAUUCGUCUUCCUGCAGACCUGUCGUCCAAGCAGAAGAUGGCAGAGAAAUGCCGCGGUCACGGGUACUGGACGGGCUACCUCCACCUCUGCUGGGAGCUGCAGCGUCGCACAGAGGCGUUCUCCACCAUCUGUCAGCUGGAUGACAUCAGCCUGCUGGAGGAACCGGGGGGCGUUGAGCCCCAGACGUUGGAUGAGUGGAAGCUAUUGAUCCGGUUGUCUCAGCAGCGCAGCAGUGUGGUGGACUCAGAGCAGGUCACCGGCGUGAACGGGAGCGGUUUGUCCAACGGCUCGACAGACUGUGGAGGAAAGAUCAGCCUGGAGAACCUGACCCUGAUGCUGGCUCGGAAAGCCGGACCUGACCGAGCUCUGAUCGUCCUGGAGGAAUGUGGGUCGCAACUGGUCCUUUCCCCUCACUCCAAACUGGUCUGUGAGCUGCUGAGAGUCACCGAGAAGAGGCAGAGGGCAAUGAUCCAGGCGAUGCUGGAGCGCUGCGAUCGGUUCCUUUGGUCUCAGCAUGCCUGACUCCAGAUCAGCGGUGUGUGGACGGCAGCUUCUCGAAGCCAAACAAUAGAACUAACACUGUAUGUAAGUCUCCCCACUAACGGCUGUUGAAGCUGUGGCUCAAUGUAUGCACUGUGAUAUUUGUCAAAGCGUUGUCACUCAAAUGACAGUACUCUUUGUGAAAUACAGUAUUAACCUUUUAACUAUUACUUCAUUCCAUGUACAUGGCAGUUUUAUCAGUAUUCAGGUGAAUGUACAGGGUUUCAUCACAUCACCGUUUCUCUAAGGAUUCGGGUUGCGCAUGUACAGGGAGUCAAUUAAUUCAUGUCCUGCUAUGACAAUAAAUAUGAACUGUAAAUAAGGAAAUGUUCUAACCAGGUAAUAUAAUGUGAAUAAAAGUAUCCAUAUGAAACAACA